AUGUCCGAUCUAUGUCUCGCCGAUGCAAUAAUCGAGUCCAUCGUCGAAACUGAUACGUUGUCUGACCAGUCUAUAGCGAAACUGAACUCCAUUUUUCCAGAAACCCUUGUGGUCGCAGCACUGGAUCUCGUUGACCGCGAAAAUAUCAUAAAGUAUGUCGUUUCAUGGCGCCAGUCGGAAUAUGAAGUCCUCGGGUCCACGACAACUUACAAUGUUCUGCUUGACUUGACGACGGCCCCUGUCCCCUACUUUUGCUCUUGCCCUGCCUUCGCCUAUGCAGUCUUGUUGUGUCGCACCCAUCUUAUGGUUUGA